AAGGUGAAGGUACUGUUAUGUACGAUAGGACUGGAGCCUGGUGAGGGGUGAGGGAGAGAAGGUAGAGAAGGUAGAGGCACCUGUGACAGCUGUUGUGAGGGAACCUGCAGGAUGGUCGUGGACUACAUCAGCUACGCCUACGCUGCUGUUGUAGCAGUGGGCGGCGUAGUGGGUUACGUGAAGGCUGGCAGUGUACCGUCCCUGGGAGCUGGGCUGCUCUUUGGCUCUCUCUUGGGUUAUGGUGCCUAUCAGAUGAGUGCUAACCCAGCCAAUUACUACCUUACCUUGGGCACCAGCACAGUUCUUGGAGGUAUGAUGGGGAUGCGUUAUCUCAACUCGGGAAAGUUUAUGCCUCCUGGUUUGAUUGCCGUCAUAAGCCUUGCAAUGGUAGCAAGAUUGGGAGCACGAGCUGUUGGCUUGACAAAUGGCAAAAUGGAGUGAGGUAUAGUACAGUGAUGUAGUUCCUUAUGAAGAUGUUAAAUAUAAGUGCCACUUUUGCAUGUUGUUCUUGGGGAAAAUGGUACUGUAUACAGUUGCCUCUAUAUCUCUUGAUAAUAUUUUUGUAAGGGGAUAAUGAAAGAGAAGGAGGAACCUGAAUUUUGUUAGUUGAUGACUGAGAACACUUGGUAACUAAAUAAUGUAAAAGUCAAUAGCAUGUAGAUCAUGCACAAAUAUGUAGCCUUUGGCUAAACAGUAUAUAAUAAGACUAUAUAUUGUAAUGUUCUUUAUACAUUUAUUAGUAGAGAGCAUUUAUAGAUUUUUAAUUGCUUUGUUCAAUGUUGUAAAUUUAGAGGCUGGUUACAAAUUUUACUAGUGUUCAAGUCUAUUCAAUAAAAAUAUAUAAAUUU